AUGGUUGGUCUUACGUACCAGCAGCAACAAGCUCUACUGCAACGCGUAAAGAGUCUCGAGAAAUGGAAAUCCCAGGUUGAGGCCCACAUGUCGUCGGGUGGAACGCCGGGUGCGGACUCCGACCACUCUGGGCAGACCCAAGCGGAAUCCCAACAGCAAAACCCAACUGUCUAG